AUGAGACUUAAAUUAAUUAUCCAAUAUCAGAAUAAUUCAACAGAUAAUAUUCUGCUUUUUAGCAAACCUAAUUAGACUAUUGAGGACUUAUGCAAAUAUUUAUAAAAGACUUGCCAUUUACAAUGUCCAUAAAUCUUUAUUGAAGGCUUUAGAGCAUUGAAUGAUCAACUUGUUGAAAAUUUAGUAAUUAAUGGCUAACCAAUUCAGUAUUAUUGUUAAAAUAACCUAGGGUUGUUGAAGUAAAUGCAUCAUCUACGAAAAUGAUAUAAAAAGACACAAAACUAAGGUAGAAGCAAACAAAAUAAGUAAAUAUAUAAAUUUUAAUAAUUAGAAUUAAGAAAGUAGCAGUGAAGAUAAUAUUAAACAAGUAUAAAUUAGAUAACCCAUAAUUUAAAAUCAAAACCUUAAUGUAUAACAAAUCAAGUCUAAUUUAAUUGCUCAACCUCAUUAACUUUAGCAGAACUCCUAGUAAAACAAAGAAAAAUAAAUAAAUCCAAUCAUAAGGUAGAUAGUUUCAGAAUCAGAGUCAUCUUCUGAAGAUGUACCUAUUAAGAAAUCAUAACCUGCUAACAAAAUAUCAAUAAAUAUUUUAUCCCCUGAGGAUGAGUUAAAAACUAAAUAACAAGAAUGGAAAAAAACAUUCGCUAAGAAUGCCUAAAAGCCUACAGGUCAGCAAAAUUUUUAAUAAACAAAACCCAAUUAAAGAUAAAACCCACUCUAAUAAAAACAACAAUAAACUUCUGAAAAUUAAAAUCAAGAAAAGAUAGUAUAAUAAACAAGCGCACCUUAAUCUAUGAAAUAGUAAACUGAAUAUAUCAAGUUACCUGUAUAAACUUUAAAAGAUGAUCCUACUUUAAUUGAAAAAAAUGAUGAAAUUCUUUUUAAAUAAAUCUAUCUUGAUGAUAUAAAAUGUGAACCUACUGUGAGUGAUUUGAUAUCUGGCAGGGUUGAGGAAAACUCUUAAUAAGAAAAAAAACUAAUAAUUAAAACAAAUAAAAAUUAAAGGCUAUAAAUUAAUUAUAGUGAGAUUUAGGAAUUACAAAUUAAUGUUGCAACAAUUUAAUCAUAAGCUAGAAAAGCAGCCAUAAAAGUUUUAUCUCUUGAUGUUGAUAGUAAAUAAGAACCAUAAGAAAAUCAAUAAUAAUUGUUAUAAUCAGAUAGUAAUACAGCUAAAAUAACAUAAUAAUAAAAGGAAGUUAUAGAUCCAUUUGGCAUUGGCUAAUAAAUAAAUUAUUGCUAUAGUGAUAAAAACUAUUUAAAAGAUGAUUUUAUUUUAUAACACUCUGCUUAAGAUUCAGAAAAAUGUAAUAUAUAGUUAAACAUUUAGAUAUGCUCAUGAAAUUGUUAUUGAACUUUCCAAAAAUAAAAUCAAAAAUUAAAAGUGAAGAUGAACUAUUUGAUAUUAUUGAUUUGUUUUUAAGAAAGACAAAAUCAGAUUUAGUGAAUUUUGAAUUAAAGAAAAAUAAUGAUGGCUUAUGGAUGAUUAGAAAGAAGCAGAUUGCCUGA